AUGCCUGGCAAUGUUAUAACUUACAAAAGUUAUGAUUCUGUUUCUGAUGAUAUACGUGGACUGUAUCAACAAGAAUAUCUUAAUUCAAUUACGCCAAAUGGUCUCCCCCCUCAUGAAUUGCGCCUAAAGAUAG